AUGGCUUCGGAUCUUCAGAAGCAGGUUGGCCAGCUGUUCGCGGUGGGGUUCCAUGGCUGCACCCCGAGUCCUGAAAUCAAAACUUUGAUCCAUGACUACCACGUCGGGGGCAUUGUUCUAUUUUCGCGAAACUUUGAUGAUGCAGUACAGCUUCAGGCCCUGACACUCGCUUUACAACAUGAAGCCAAAGCAGCUGGCCAUGAGCGACCGUUGUUCAUCGGCAUUGACCAGGAGAAUGGGCUCGUCACCCGAAUUUCUCCCCCGAUCGCUGCACAAGUCCCCGGGCCAAUGGCCUUGGGCGCAACGCACGACCCGGAGUGCGCCUACAGUGCGGGGAGAGCCACCGGGGAAACACUAAGCUUCUUUGGCAUCAACAUGAACUACGCCCCGGUCGGGGACAUCAACUCCGAGCCUCUGAAUCCUGUGGUGGGUGUGCGCAGCCCUGGUGAUGAUCCUGAAUUCGUCGGACGCUUUGCGAGCGCGGCCGCGCGGGGUCUGCGGGAACAGAACAUCAUUCCCAGCAUCAAGCAUUUCCCUGGCCAUGGCGAUACAGCCGUGGAUUCGCAUUACGGGCUGCCUGUCAUCCCGAAGACGAGAGAUCAGCUGGAGCGUUGUGAGCUGAUCCCAUUCCGGCGAGCCGUGGCCGAGGGAAUUGAGACUGUCAUGACUGCUCAUAUUUCGCUGCCUUGUAUCGACCUGACCCGUCCUGCAACACUUUCGCCGAAUGCCAUGGGUAUUCUGCGGAAGGAUAUGGGGUAUGACGGCAUGAUCAUUACCGAUUGCUUGGAAAUGGAUGGUAUUCGGUCCACCUAUGGCACCGAAGAAGGCUCAGUGCUGGCCCUGCGCGCUGGUAGCGAUAGUAUCAUGAUCUGUCAUACGUAUGAGGUGCAGGUGGCUUCAAUCAAGAGAGUUUGUGAAGCCAUUAAAUCCGGCACAAUUGAACAAUCACGGCUGGCGGAUGCUGGUCGCCAUGUGGCUACUGUGAAAGACAAGUUCUUGAACUGGGAUGCAGCAUUGCGACAAAAAAACCUGAAAGAGCUCGGUCUGCUCAACACAAAAAUUGCCGAGACAACCAUGGACAUAUACUCUCGGUCAACGACGCUUGUUCGGGAUAAGUCGGGUACCCUCCCACUGUCAAAGACCUCGAUUAUCAUCUUCCUUUUCCCGGGGGACAAGACUCCAGCAGGUGGUGCUGUUGAUGGCGAAGGAAUGGGACGACAAGGGUCAUAUCAGUCCAGCCGGUAUCUAGACGUUCUUCGUCAACACAAUAACUCAAUUGCUGAGAUUCGAUACGGAACGUCGGGUCUAUCGCCAGAGCAAUGGCAGGUCAUCGAGGUUGCCGAUGCCGUCAUCUUCACAUCUCUCAAUGCGCGCGAAUCACCAUACCAAGAAUCUGUUGGCCACGAACUUGCUGGACGUAUCAGCAACUUGGUGCACAUUGCGGCGUGCAAUCCUUAUGACUUCCUCGAUGACCUCAAGGUGAAAACCUACAUCACCACAUAUGAACCAACCAUCGAAGCAUUCUCCGUGGCUGCCGAUAUCAUGUUCGGCGCACUGAUUCCGACAGGGGCCCUUCCAGUGGGUCCCAAUGCUUUGACCAAGACUUCGGCGGCAGUAACACCAUUCGACGCUGAGAAGGACUUGGAUGGCAUUCUCCACGUCUGGGCUGAGGCAUUGCCGACCUAUAAGCUACCCGAAGACAGCCUACGCUCUCUAAUAAUUCGCCCAUACGGCCACCAUUUCGUCGCUCGCCUUGGAUCAGAAUUAGUAGGCUUCUGUCUAGCCUACACAAAUGCUGACGGUGAGCCCCACACCGUUCACAUCGCGGUCCUCGCAGUAUCACCAAGCUACCAGCGUCAAGGCGUUGGAAUUGCCCUGUUGGAAGAAACCCGAGCCAACGUCCGGGCCAAAUUCGGCAUAAACGGCGUGAAGCUAGGCAGCUCCUUCCCUCGCUUCUGGCCUGGAAUUCCUCGCGAGCUCCCAGAAACCAUCCAGCACUUCUUCACCCAUCGUGGCUUCCGACUGAGCCCAGAAAAUGCCAGAUCAGUUGACCUGUAUCAGGAUAUCCGCAACUUCCAAUCACCAGAGAAGUAUAUGACUCGAGCGAAGGAUCGAGGCUUCCGCUUCGCACCUUUAAAGGCUGAAGACUACGAUGCCUGCCUGGUCGGCCAGCGAAAGAACUUCUCUCAUAACUCCAGCUGGGUACAAGCCUACGUCAUCUUACAUCCGGACCAAUAUCCCGACAGUGUGAUGGUAGCAUUUGACUCGGCAGGCAAUCAAGUCGGAUGGACCUUGAUGUUGGGACCAUCACCUGCCUUAAAUCACAUCUGGGCAUUCCCGCAAAUUUGUGGGCCAAAGACGGGACUUAUCGGCUGCGUGGGAGUUGAUAGGGACCAGCGCAGCUCUGGUAUUGGUCUGGCAUUGGUUUGCCAUGCCAUUGAGAAUAUGAAACAGCGAGGCAUUGAGGGUGUUUUUGUAGAUUGGGUUGCGUUGGAUGGGUGGUAUGAACAGGUUGGUUUUGAGACUUGGCGGAGUUAUCGACCCGGAGAGCUUUAG